UGAUAGAUAACCACCCCUCUCUCUCUCCGCGCCGCCGCCGCCGCCGCCGCGGCGCCCGCGCGACCCCUCGCCGCCCGCGCCUCUCCGGUGAUCGCCGCAGCCUAGCACCCCUCUCCCCCACCUCCGAUCCGAUUUUCUCCCCGGAAAAAUCACCGAAAUACGCCAAAAAAUCCCCAGGAAUCCGCCGUGUUCCCACUUUUGAAUAAAUCGCACGGGUGUUUCCGCUGCCCCGCCCAACCGCCGCGCCCCCCGCGCGGCCGCCGGCGCCGGCGAUCGCAUCUGGCGAUAACCGUCCACGUCGGGCCACCCCCCGCCUCCUCGCGGUCCAAACCUCCGCGUCCUGCCGGGAAGACCACGGCGCGCGGCCUCCUCCUCGCACGCCGCGGCACGAGGGAGCAAUAGACUGCUGAAGCGUUCCCAGUUUCUUCAUGUUGUGUUGUCAUAAAUUGUGAUGGCAUUCUUCAGUAAUUCUGGGAGCAGGGCUGAUUCGGGGGGGUACAACUUGAACGAGAAGGCUGAUGACGAAGGCACCUAUGAGUCAGUCAGGGGUAGGGACGCCGACUUGAACUCGGGCCAGUUGAACUUGAAUGAGAAGGCUGAUGAUGCCUACCACAGUGAGGAGGAGCAAUACGAAGCUGGCCAGUCAGGUCUGAACCCUUCUGAGAUUAAAUCAGGGCAGAAUGCCCCGAGAGUAGGUGGCCCUUCUGGCCCAUGGGGUACAAACUUUUUGAAGGACUGCAGAUCCACGGAAGGGGAAGAACCGUCAAAUAGUGAUAGGGGAAUGGAAGACGGGUCUGCGGCUAGCUCACAUGAUGACAUGGAUGGUAGUGGAGAGGAUGAUGAGCUAAACAGAGGGCACGGGGAUGUGCCCGCUGAGGAAAUGCUUUCUGAUGACUAUUAUGAGCAGGAUAGAGAGGAGCAGAGUGAUUCAUUGAGUCGUCGUGGGAUGAGCCACCCAAGCUGUUCCACUUCUGGGGCCGCAUCAAAAUCUGUACCCUCAAGACAAAAGAAGUCGACAAAGGGCAGUGCUUAUGACGACGAUGAUGAUGCGUAUAAUGAUGAGAAUGACAAUGACGACGAUGAUGACGAUGACGCAGAUGAAGAUGAUCCAGAUGAUGUGGAUUUUGAGCCAGACAGUGAAACCGACAAGGCUGCUGUUAAGGAGAAGCUUGUGGACAGUGAGAACUCAGGCGAAGAAGAAGAAGAUGAUGAGCUUGAGCUCUCGGAUGAUGAUGAUGAUUUUAUUGAUAGUAGGAGGCAAUCGAAACGACUUAAGGUCGGAGGAACUAAAAUUUCCCAGCGAAAAAAGCUUCCUAUGCAGGCUCCACGCAAACGAGGUGUAUCUUUCACAGACGAAGAAUAUUCUUCAGGAAAAGACUCAGAUGCACCCAAUAGUCCUGAUUUUAGUCAUCGACCGAAAAAACCUGUCAGGUUGCAUCUGAAAACUGUGGGCCAUAAUGAUGUUUUCUCAAAUGUCAAUUCCCAUAAUGAAUCCCGAACUUCGGGGAGGAGGAGGACACAGAGAAAUAUCUCAUAUGCUGAAAGUGACAGUGACGAUAGUGAGGAGAAGUCAACUAAACAACAAAAGCUCUUGAAGGAGGAUCAAGAUGAAGAAGAUGGAGAAACAAUUGAAAGGGUCAUUUGGUAUCAGCCAAAGGGUGUUGCUGAGGAUGCACUGAGGAAUGGUCAAUCGACUCAACCUACUGUUAUGAGCAUGCCAUCAGAUUUUGAUCAACAAUGGGAUGAUGUAGAGUUCUACAUAAAAUGGAAAGGGCAGUCUUACUUACAUUGUCAGUGGAAGACAUUGUCCGAGCUUCGUAGUGUUAGUGGAUUUAAAAAAGUUCUAAAUUACAUGAAAAGAGUGUCCGAGGAGCAGAGGUACAAGAGGUCACUAUCGCGCGAAGAGGUUGAGGUGCAUGAUGUGGGCAAGGAAAUGGAGUUGGACCUUAUUAAGCAAUAUAGCCAGGUUGAACGGGUAUUUGCUGAUAGGGCAAGCAAAGUGGAUGGGGAUGUUGUGGUGCCAGAAUAUUUAGUCAAAUGGCAGGGACUUCCUUACGCAGAAUCGACCUGGGAAAAAGAUACAGAUAUUGAAUUUGCUCAAGAAGCAAUAGAUGAAUACAGGGCCCGUGAAGUUGCCACUGCCAUACUGGGGAAAACAGUUGAUUUCCAAAGGAAGAAAAGCAAAGCUAGUUUGAGAAGGCUUGAUGAUCAACCAGAAUGGCUAAAAGGAGGUAAACUUCGCGAUUAUCAGCUUGAAGGUCUAAACUUUCUCGUUAAUGGGUGGAGAAAUGAUACUAAUGUUAUUCUUGCCGAUGAGAUGGGUCUGGGAAAAACCAUUCAAUCAGUUUCCAUGCUUGGCUUCCUUCAUAAUGCUCAAGAAAUUAAUGGCCCAUUUCUUGUCGUUGUGCCGCUCUCAACAUUGUCAAAUUGGGCAAAAGAAUUUCGGAAGUGGCUACCUGACAUGAAUGUUGUAAUUUAUGUCGGAAAUCGUGCUAGCAGAGAGAUGUGUCAGCAGCAUGAGUUUUUUACAAAUAAGAAGGGUGGGCGGCAUGUAAAAUUCCAUACUUUGAUUACUACUUAUGAGGUGAUACUUAAGGACAAAGCUGUCCUUUCAAAAAUCAAAUGGAAUUAUCUUAUGGUUGAUGAAGCCCACCGUUUGAAGAAUUCUGAAGCAUCACUGUAUAUUGCUCUUUUGGAGUUCAGCACCAAAAAUAAGCUGCUAAUAACUGGGACCCCUUUGCAGAACAGUGUUGAAGAGCUGUGGGCACUACUUCAUUUCCUUGAUCCAGUCAAAUUUAACAGCAAGGAUACUUUUGUUGAGAGAUACAAAAAUUUGAGUUCGUUUAAUGAAACUGAGCUUGCAAAUCUCCACAUGGAAUUGAGGCCCCAUAUUUUAAGGCGAGUUAUAAAAGAUGUCGAGAAGUCUCUACCUCCAAAAAUUGAGCGAAUUCUUCGUAUCGAAAUGUCUCCCCUACAGAAACAAUAUUACAAAUGGAUUCUGGAGCGAAAUUUUCAGAAUCUGAAUAAAGGAGUUCGCGGGAAUCAGGUCUCGCUUUUGAAUGUUGUCGUCGAGUUAAAAAAGUGUUGCAACCAUCCAUUCUUGUUUGAAAGUGCUGAUCAUGGUUAUGGUGGAGAUAGCAUUGGUGAUCGCAAUAAAGUUGAACGUAUUGUUAUGAGUAGUGGGAAGUUAGUUUUGUUGGACAAGCUACUGCUGAGACUGCGGGAGACUAAUCAUCGCGUGCUUAUAUUCUCUCAGAUGGUGCGGAUGCUGGACAUCCUUUCUGAGUACCUAUCCCUUCGAGGCUUCCAGUUUCAGAGGCUUGAUGGCAGUACAAGAGCGGAUCUUCGUCACCAGGCCAUGGAACAUUUUAAUGCUCCUGGAAGCGAUGAUUUUUGUUUCCUUCUGUCUACACGUGCUGGUGGACUUGGUAUUAAUCUUGCAACAGCAGAUACAGUGAUAAUUUUUGAUUCAGAUUGGAAUCCUCAAAAUGAUCUACAGGCAAUGAGUAGGGCACAUAGGAUUGGGCAACAAGAUACUGUCAACAUCUAUCGUUUUGUCACCUGCAAAAGUGUUGAAGAGGAUAUAUUGGAGCGAGCAAAGAAAAAAAUGGUUCUUGAUCACUUGGUGAUUCAGAAGCUGAAUGCUGAGGGCAGGCUCGAGAAGAAAGAAACCAAAAAGGGUGGCUCCAUGUUUGAUAAGAAUGAACUUUCAGCCAUACUGAGGUUUGGGGCAGAGGAGUUGUUCAAAGAAGAGAAGACUGAUGAAGAGACCAAGAGGAAGCUUGAAAGCAUGGACAUUGAUGAAAUACUUGAGAGAGCUGAGAAAGUUGAAACAAAGGCUGCUGAAGGGGAAGAAGGAAAUGAGCUUCUUAGUGCUUUCAAGGUUGCUAAUUUUUCCAGCGGUGAGGAUGAUGCCUCAUUCUGGAGUAGACUAAUACAACCAGAUCCCGCAGAUAUGGGUCAGGAAACUUUAGCACCUCGUGCUGCACGGAAUAAAAAGAGCUAUGUUGAGGAUCACCAACUCGACAAAAAUAGCAGCAGGAAAAGGCGAGCGGUUGACGCACAAGAAAAGCCAAGAAGGCGUUCCAGCAGAACAGUCGACACAAUGGUUUCGUUACCAUUUAUUGAUGGAGCAGUCGCUCAAGUACGGAACUGGUCAUUUGGAAAUAUGCCCAAGAAGGACGCCUCCCGCUUUGUUCGAGCGGUUAAAAAGUUUGGAAAUCCAAGCCAAAUUGGCUUAAUUGUGGAUGAUGUUGGUGGUGCAAUAGCAAAGGCUCCAUGUGAAGCACAAAUUGAGCUGUAUGAGUCGCUCAUUGAUGGCUGUCAGGAAGCUGUGAAAGAGAACACAGACAUCAAGGGCACAGUGUUGGAUUUUUUUGGUGUACCAGUGAAGGCCUAUGAGUUGUUGGCUCGUGUUGAAGAGCUUCAAUGUUUGGCAAAGCGCAUCGCACGUUACAAAGAUCCAGUUAGACAAUACCGGAUCCAAUCACCUUACAAAAAGCCACAGUGGUCGGCAAGCUGUGGAUGGAUUGAAACUGAUGAUGCAAGAUUGCUGCUUGGAAUUCACUGGUAUGGUUACGGAAACUGGGAGAAGAUACGAUUGGAUCCAAAGCUUGGUCUGACAACAAAAAUUGCACCAGCAACACUUGGUGAGAGAGAAACAUUUUUACCACGCGCACCAAAUUUGGAUAAUCGUGCUAGUGCUCUCCUGCAAAAGGAAUAUGCCAAUCUGAGUGGAAAGAGCUCAAAAGCCAAAGGGGGUACUAGCCAAAAAGUCAAUAAUGAAAAUGGUGGUGCUCGAUCGUUUAAAGGCCGGCAAAAAGAUGCAAAACCACAAGAGGAUAUUAAGUCGAACAAAGAUGACAUUAAGAAACGCAAGGUGGUGGAAGAAGCUGAAGCAAGAGAAGAGGGUGAAAUUUCAGAGUCUGAAGAACAGAUUAAAUAUCGUUUGGAAAAGGAGGAAAAGUGGCUGGAAUGGUGCUCUGAAGCUUUGGAUGAAGAGCAGGACAUAUUGAAACGCCUCGAUAGGUUACAGAAUACAAGUUUAAAUCUUCCGAAGGAAAAGGUUCUUUCAAGAAUUCGCCGGUACCUACAGAUAAUCGGUGAAAAGAUUGGAAAAGUCGCUGCCCAACAUGUAGAAUCGUACAAGCAGUCCCGUAUGACCACAAGAUUAUGGAAUUAUGUGGCAAGAUUUUCAAAUAUGUCUGGGGAGCAAUUGUGCGAUCUCUAUUUAAAAGUUUGUCAGGACCAAAUGGAAGCUGGAGUCGGCCCCUCACAUGGUGGCAAUUUUGCACCUGCUUCUAACAGAGGUUCUUCAAAUCAGCCUCAUCCUCCUAGAAACCAAAGGUCAACAAGGUCUUUCCAGCACACUCCAGAGCCUCUUAAUAAUGGUGAAAACACUGGGAAUUCGGAAGCCUGGAAGCGCCGGAGGAGAGCUGAUCAGGAUAAUCAGUUUGACACUCAAACAAUGUAUCAACCUCCUCCAUUUAUGGCAAAUGGUAACAGGUCGCAGGAAUCUAGCAGUUCUGCUGGUAUUCUUGGUUGGGGUCCAGUCGAAAUGAGACGAUAUGGCACUGAAAGAUCAAAGAGGGUCGCACAGUUUGUUCGCGAUCAAUCUUGAUCUGCUCCAUGCCCUGUUUGUGGCGGCUUCAGCUUCAAGCAGGGCUGUCGUCAUCGCACGCUCCCACAGAUGAGCUCCCUCGCAAUCGCAAGUUCCUGGGUGACGCUGAUGAACUUGUGUGGUAGCCCGGCUUGUUGCGACCAGGGCGUCCUCAGAGAAGUAUUCAACGCCUCCACCUGCGUGAAUCACCUGGUGGAAACGGGCAUCGUCGCGCCUCUCGCGGUCGUGCUCUUGCUCCGGUUCCUCGUCCGGCUCCCCGAGAGCAGAGCGUCCGCCACGCGCCGCCAGCGGCUUCUCAGGCCCAGCUCACCGCUGCAUCUCGCCACCGUGGUGUUCAAUGGCUGGGGAUUCAGCUUGCUCCUCGCCGGCUUCGCUUUCGCCGCCGGGAGCCGGUUUCUCGGGUCGGUGUUCGCUCAAUCAUGGUCGGUCUUGCUGACCAUCUAUGCGGUGUUCGUCUCCUGUUCCUCGGUUGUCGCCAUUGUUGCUCAGAAGCCGAUCACUGUUAAGGCCUGUUUGGAUCUCCUGUCGCUGCCAGGCGCAGUUAUGUUUCUUGUCUACAGCAUUCACAGCAGCCAUGCCCAUGAUGAUCAAGAGGGACAUGAAGGAUUAUACGAGCCACUGAAGACGGAUGACACAGCUGACAGUGAGGUAGCUGAUGACUCUUCAGAGGUCAGCCAGCAGAAGGUGACUCCCUUUGCCAGAGCUGGCAUUUUGAGCCAGAUGACAUUCUGGUGGCUGAACCCUCUGAUGAAGACGGGCUACGAGAAGCCCCUCGGCGACAAAGACAUGCCGCUGCUAGGCGCCACGGACCGGGCACAGAGCCAGUACUCGAUGUUCGUGGAGAAGCUGAACAAGAAGAAGCAGACGUCACAUGAUGGCACACCACCAUCAAUCCUGUGGGCUAUCGUUUCUCAUCACAAGUGCGGGAUCAUGGUGUCAGGUCUCUUCGCCCUGCUCAAGGUGCUCACCUUGUCCACAGGCCCGCUGCUCCUGAGGGCAUUCAUCAACCUGUCAACCGGGAAAGUGACCUCCGAUUCCAAGCAUGAAGGCUAUACGCUGGCCGCGCUCAUGUUCAUCUGCAAAUUGUGCGAGUCGCUGUCGCAGAGGCAGUGGUACUUCCGCACGCGGAGGCUGGGGCUCCAGGUGAGGUCGCUUCUCUCGGCGGCCAUCUACAGGAAGCAGCAGAAGCUAUCGAGCUCGGCGAAGAUGGCACACUCCUCCGGGCAGAUCAUGAACUACCUCACCGUCGACGCGUACCGGGUCGGGGAGUUCCCGUACUGGUUCCACCAGACAUGGACGACGGUCGUCCAGCUCUGCAUCGCUCUGGCGAUCCUUUACAGCACGGUCGGCGCCGCCAUGGUCUCGUCCCUGGUCGUCGUCGUCAUCACCGUGCUCUGCAACGCUCCGUUGGCCAAGCUGCAGCACAGGUUUCAGAGCAAGCUGAUGGAGGCGACGGACGCGAGGUUGAAGGCCAUGUCAGAGUCACUGGUGCACAUGAAGGCGUUGAAGCUCUACGCGUGGGAAGGUCACUUCAGGAAGGCCAUUGAGGAGCUGAGGGAGGUCGAGUACAGGUGGCUGUCGGCGUUCCAGCUUAGCAGGGCGUACAACAGCGUCCUCUUCUGGUCGUCGCCUGUCUGGGUCUCGGCGGCGACAUUUCUGACAUGCUACUUUCUGGAGAUCCCUCUUGAUGCCAGCAACGUCUUCACCUUCAUCGCGACCCUGCGCCUGGUGCAGGACCCGAUUCGGGCCAUACCGGAGGUUCUCGGAGUCGUGGUGCAGGCUAAGGUUGCUUUCACUCGGAUAGAGAAGUUUCUAGGUGCACCUGAGCUGAAUGGACGAGCCAAGGAGAAAUGUUCCUCUGCAGGCAUCGGUUACCCGGUAGCUAUGAACUCGUGCUGGUUCUCGUGGUGCGAAGAUCCAUCAAAGCCUAACCUGAAGGAUGUAAAUUUGGUGGUCAAAGCUGGGGAGAAGGUUGCGAUUUGCGGGGAGGUAGGGUCGGGGAAGUCGACGCUUUUGGCUGCGAUACUCGGAGAGGUCCCGAAAACUGAAGGCACGAUUCAAGUCUGCGGAAAAAUAGCAUAUGUGUCACAGAAUGCAUGGAUCCAAACCGGAACCGUGCAGGAGAACAUUCUCUUCGGGUCUCGUAUGGACAGCCAAAGGUACCAGGAAACACUCGCGAGGUGCUCGCUGGUGAAGGACCUUGAGAUGUUGCCGUACGGAGACGAUACUGAAAUCGGGGAGAGGGGAGUGAACCUGAGUGGCGGUCAGAAGCAGCGCCUUCAGCUUGCUCGUGCGUUGUACCAAGAUGCAGACAUAUAUCUCCUCGACGACCCUUUCAGCGCCGUCGAUGCCCAUACAGCAACCGGCCUCUUCAAUGAAUAUGUCAUGGGCGCUCUUUCAGACAAGACUGUUCUUCUGGUCACCCACCAAGUCGAUUUUCUACCCGUCUUCGACUCCAUUCUGCUGAUGUCAGAUGGGGAGGUUAUUCGGUCGGCACCUUAUCGAGAUCUAUUGGCGGACUGUCAAGAAUUCAAAGACCUUGUAAAUGCCCAUAAGGAUACCAUUGGGAUUUCAGAUGUUGAUAACAAUGCUGCUCCUCACAGAGCAAACGGAACAUCAACAAAGGAGAAGCAUCAUGCCUAUGGAAGUGGAUACACAAAGUCUGAGAAGCCAUCACCAGCACACCAACUGAUCAAGGAAGAGGAAAGAGAGACAGGAGACACUGGACUUAAGCCCUACAUGAUUUACCUGCGCCAGAACAGAGGCUUCAUGUAUGCCUCUCUGUGUGUCAUUUCUCACAUGAUCUUCAUAGCGGGGCAAAUAGCACAGAACUCUUGGAUGGCGGCGAAUGUCCAAGAUCCGCGUGUCAGUACACUGAGGCUAAUCACUGUGUACAUUGUUAUCGGACUUUGCACGAUGUUGUUUUUGCUAUCAAGAUGUCUAUCGGUUGUUGUUCUCGGGGUCCAGACAUCGAGAUCCUUGUUUUCCCAGUUACUUGACUCGUUGUUCCGUGCACCGAUGUCCUUUUAUGAUUCUACUCCUCUAGGAAGGGUCCUUAGCCGGGUCUCUUCCGAUUUGAGUACUGUCGACCUUGAUGUCCCAUUCGCGUUCAUGUUUAGCCUUAGUGCCAGCCUGAAUGGAUACAGCAAUCUGGGGGUAUUGGCUGUUGUUACAUGGCAAGUUCUAUUUGUGUCCGUGCCAAUGAUAGUUUUGUCAGUUAGACUACAGAAGUAUUACUUAGCCUCUGCUAAGGAACUUAUGCGGAUCAAUGGCACUACCAAGUCCGCUCUAGCAAAUCACCUAGGCGAAUCGAUUUCAGGGGCUAUAACCAUAAGGGCCUUCGAGGAAGAAGAUCGUUUCUUUGAUAAAAAUUCUGAUCUUGUUGACAAGAAUGCUAUCCCAUACUUCUACAACUUUGCAGCAACAGAAUGGCUGAUUCAACGCCUUGAAAUAAUGAGUGCUGCAGUCCUUUCCUUUUCUGCAUUUCUCAUAGUUCUUCUUCCUCCAGGAACUUUUAGCCCUGGUUUUGUGGGAAUGGCUUUGUCGUAUGGUCUUUCCCUAAAUAUGUCUUUUGUUUCCUCUAUUAGAAAGCAAUGCACCUUUGCGAAUCAAAUAAUAUCCGUGGAACGGGUGAACCAGUACAUGGACAUAAAAAGUGAAGCAGCAGAAGUCAUCGAAGAAAACCGGCCGGCACCGGAUUGGCCUCAAAUUGGUAGUGUGGAGAUUAGAGAUUUGAAGAUUAGGUACAGAAAGGAUGCUCCCCUUGUACUGCAUGGAAUCAGUUGCAAGUUUGAAGGUGGAGAUAAAAUUGGUAUAGUUGGUCGAACAGGAAGUGGGAAAACAACGUUAAUUGGCGCAUUGUUUCGCCUUGUCGAACCAUCUGGAGGGAAAAUAAUUAUUGACUCUUUGGACAUCACUUCUAUCGGCUUACAUGACCUGCGUUCACAUUUGGGCAUCAUCCCACAAGAUCCAACACUUUUUCAGGGCAGUGUAAGAUAUAAUCUAGAUCCUCUUGGGCAAUUCUCAGAUCAACAAAUAUGGGAGGUUCUUGAUAAAUGUCAACUUCUUGAAACUGUCCAGGAGAAAGAACAGGGAUUGGAUUCACUUGUCGCGGAAGAUGGGUCGAACUGGAGCAUGGGCCAAAGGCAGCUCUUCUGUUUGGGACGCGCACUUUUGAGAAGGUGUCGCAUCUUAGUUCUUGAUGAAGCCACGGCCUCUAUAGACAAUGGAACAGAUGUUGUCCUUCAGAAGACUAUUCGAACAGAAUUCAAACAUUGCACCGUUAUUACAGUGGCACACCGUAUACCGACAGUUAUGGACUGUGACAUGGUACUUGCAAUGAGCGAUGGGAAAAUAAUGGAGUAUGACAGACCUACAAACCUAAUGGAAACUGAAGGAUCUUUCUUCCGCGAGCUGGUCAAGGAGUAUUGGUCAUACACAUCAAACGGAAAUAUAUAGGUCAUUUUGUUUAUUCACAAGA